AUGCCAAUAUAAAUAUGAGCGCUCCCCUCCCCUCCACCUUUAGGCCCUUCUCCUCUCCACACUGCCAAGGAGAACAACAUCUACCAUGGCCAGAUCCAACACCAAAAAGAACAAGUGCUCCAGAGGACAUCGAAGCCCAGUCUCCAAAAAGAGAUCACAUUCCAGCACCGAUUUUGGCCAUAGAAAUUAUUCACUCUACGUUAACAGGGUCCUAAAAGAAGUGGUUCCCCAGAGGGGCAUAUCAUCUCGCACCUUGGACAUCAUGAACACCCUGAUCAAUGACAUCUUUGAGCGCAUUUCUAUGGAAGCCUGCAGCCUGAUGUGUUUCAGAAAUCGCUGUACCCUCACCCCUGAAGAUAUCCAGAAGGCAGUGUACCUGCUCUUGCCUGGGAAACUAGCUAAGUAUGCAGUGGCUUUUGGAAAUGAAGCUGUCCAAAGAUAUGUCCGCUCCUAAACUCCACGUACCAGCGUAAUUAAAUCUUGGGGAAAGUAAAUCAAGCUUACUACCCAAACGAUCACUCCACACUGGAAUUCCCUCUUCUU